AUCUACGCCUGGAACACAACCGCACAAGGUUCAGCAUCCGUUUCCACGAUUAGAAGGCGGAUUUCACCACUUUGAGCCGAGUACUCUCGAUGACGCCAACCAAUUGUGACCCAAAGUAAAAUUUGUUUCAUGGAAAAUUUGGACAGGAAAAGCUAGGAAAUGGGGGAAAAAGCAGUUACUGGAAGGAGGAGUCGCUGUUUGCAGGAUCCUUUGAAGUGUAGGUAUAAGUGAAGAGUGUGGUACAAGGUCGACGCCAUGUUCUUUAUGUCUCAAACGCAGACUCCUGUUCUACAAUUCCAAGAGGCGAUUCGAAUCUAGAACACGGAUAGUCCUUCACCUGCUUCAUCUGAGGUUGUUUGUGCCUACUGCGACGAAGCACACGGCGCUCACAGGAACAAUUUGAAGGUCUUGGAGCGAUUGCUUAACAAUUGCGCACGCAGAACUGCUUCGGCAGUGUUGGGAAAUCCGCCGAUCCUGGGGCCGCUCGCUUCUCAAGGAUUCAAACCUCUCGGCGUUGGGACUGCUGUUGAAGACCUAAAACGGCACAUGAAUGAGGCUCUCAAUGAGCACCUGAAAUUUGAGGACCUGGCUCCUGGUUUCGGGUCUAGGGUUUCACGCUUCUCCGCACGGACAUUGCGAUGGUGAGGUCUCUCCAUACAAGCGCUUCAUCGAAGGCACUGAUGCUGCCUUCCUCUUGCCGUUUGUCACUCGCCUUGUCCCUCUCGCCUGGAAGCGAACGCCACACGCCUAAGCUUGGCGGUGCUAUGUCUCUGAUGAGUUCGUAGCAACCAAGUCGUAGGAGGUUGAAGCGAAACUUUACAGCAUUCCUCUGUCUGAAGUCGUUUCACCGUCUUCGUCAGCAGUAAAUUGGCAAGUAAUGUGCAACCAUAAUCUCAAAGAGUUGACUUGGCGUUAGUGGUGACGUUUCGGCUUUAAGACGCAAGGAAUUUGCUAGGGUUUGGGGAUGGUGUGAUCUAGUGGGCUUGAGAGUAUCUGGAGCAAGUUGGGACGUUAACGAUCUGUUUAUGCAUUGAUGUGGCGAAGAUUUUUGUUGGUUAAUGGUGGUUGGGAAGGUUUGGCGACGAUUUAGUGUCGUGUAAUGCCGAUGUGCAGCGUCUGCUGCAAGAAUCGGUUUACUUGUGAAGUAAUUGAAGAAUCACGUCGAGCAGAGGACACUGAGGAGAUCACAUCUAGCGCAGGGCGGGUAGGUUGGAUUGUCGCUGAGGUGGUUCGCCGUUGGAAGUGUUGUUCAGCAUUCUUGCUGUUUCAGCUGUGGCGCGGGGCAUGCAUGAAGAAUAGUGCAGUGUCCUGCAGUGAGAUUGCGUACAGGCUCGAUUUGCGAAAUGUCUCUGCUAGGUUCUAGGCAAGCUUGACAUAGACGGUGGAGCUCUCUGUAGCUAAAUCACUGAAACGAAAUGGCCUCUGAAACAGACGAAGAUGUAAUCGUUUCUACUGUAAUGAGCGGUGAAUUGCUAGAAAUGGUCGAGGAUCGAUCUGAAUCUGCAAUGGUUUCUGUUGAUGGUCCCCGCGAAGAUCAAGAGGAGGGAGAGCUUUCAGAGAAAGAAGAGGUGUGUGAAGAAGAAAAAUCAGCCGGACACGACACCGAGGCUGAUGAUGCAGAGGUUACUGGCGAAACUUCAAUAGUGGGAAGUAAGGUCAGCUUAGAUGACCCAUCUAGAUGGGCGAUUAUGGCGUCACGGGGUGGAGAUGAUUACGCUCAACGGAGUAGCACAGAAAAUGUAGGAACAGAUGAAGAGAAAGUUUGGUUGAGGGAUAAGGUGGCUUAUAGACCAGCCGCAACUAGCUACACGCCCAAUUCCAACUUGUAUAACUUCGCUUGGGCACAAGCCGUACAAGGAAAUCGGGGAUUUAAGCUUGUCGAGAAACAGGAUGGGGAUGGUGAGGCGGAAGAAUUGCUAGAUAAUGGAGCAAGUUUUGGUGAAGAUGAUGAGACAGAGAAUGGACUUCCAGAGACAAUGGUGGAUUUGACACUGAAGAUUCCGGAAGGUUAUGAUAUGCGACAAGUGUUGUAUGAUAGGAGGUCGAUGAAAAAGGCCUCAUGGAAUUCUAGUCGUGGAGAUCCUCGAAGAGCAAAGAACUGGAUUGAAUUGGAUGAGAACACAGAUUCACGACGCAGAUUCGAUAAAGACGAGAGAGGAGGCACUCGUAACAGUGGGACGGGAAGAAGAAAAAUCAGAUCGCCUACAAGAAGACGAGAUUCUAGAGCUGAGAGGGUGAGGAGGAGUGAGAAAGACAGAUUGUUUGAAACCGAACGACUAAGGGCGAGAGACAGAGAGAAUGGUAGGGAGAGAGGAAAUCGAAAUGAUAAUUCUCUUCGUUCAACUUCUAGUGAUGAAUCAGACCAUUCUCGCCGCAGUGCCCCUUCAGGUGCCAAUCGAAGGCAAUCACAAAGUGGCGACAAUGCUGCUGAAGUCCGAGAAGAGGGAGAGAUCGAGGAGGGGGAAAUUGAGCUCCCAAAUGAUAACUUGAGGUCAAGAUCAUCCUCUCAAGGAAAAUCCGAGUACCCUCGGGCAGAUAGCCCUGUCAAGGACGGGAUAUCCAGUGGCGAUCUCAAGAGAACAUUGUCAUCUCGGCUAGAUUUUAGGAAUUCGUCCUCUCAUAUCAUUUCUUUAUCGAGAGAAUCUAGUUUUCGACGACUCCCGGACGAUGAUUUGCGACACCGCCUCACAAAGGAUGCCGAGCGAGAGAAAUCAAGAGAGGAGACUAUGUUGCGAGAAGAUCGGCGAGAGCAAGUUGCACAUUUGACCGCAUUAAUGAAGAGCGUGACUGUCAAAGAUGCCCAAAAGGCCUUCAUCAACACAUGUGCUCGACUUGAUAAUGCGGCGAGAAUUCUUAAAGCAUUUGCACAACAGAGAAUAUCCUCAAGUGUAUCACCUGCAGAUCACAUGCCUCGUGAUGUUUCUAAGAUGGCAACGAAGGUGUUUCAAGGUCUACGGGCCGUGUAUGUUGUCUGGAACACAGCAAGCGGAAGAGAACAAGAACGUGAUAGAGAUACCUUUCCGAGGUUGCUGCAGUUUGUCACUGGAUCCUGCCUGAAGUUUUUCUCAUCUAAGCAGGCCCGUCAGCUUGAGGAAUUUAUGGAUCAUGUUACCAGAAUGUCCCGAAAGAACCAAAUGGAAGGCAGUUCACGACAAACGCAAGCAGCGCCGAAAUCAGUAGAGCCUUUGCAAGAACUCGGAGUUAGGCAGAGGGAUAUGUCUGCUUUUGCUUCAAUUUCAAAUUCGAAAUUGGCUCCAUGUGGAACAAAAUUUCUUGAAGGAAAUUCAGAACAUGGGACUGACAAAAAAGAUGUCUUGGCUGAAGCAGCUAUUGCUGCUGCUGCCUUAGCAUACGCCCAGAGCUCAGCUGCUGCCUUCUCUAAUUUCUCACAAGGGAGCAAUGACCACCCCACCAUUGAUGUAGGAGGUUGGGGUUGGAACGGGUCGAAUUUAUCUCUUGAGCAAUCUAUGUCCCCAGGAUUGCCACCGGGCUAUUCGGGUAUCAGCAGUACCGGAAGAUCCUUGGUGGCCCAUGGAGUUGCUGCACAAACGAGUGGCAGCUUAUAUUCUGACGGAGUUGGUGCAGUACCUCCUUACUCCACAACCAAUGGAUGGACAAAUGCUAACAAGAGGUUGACGUAUGAUGUGAAAUCUCCAUAUGGACCUGGAUUUCUUGAGGAAGAUUGGGAGGAGCUGAGUCCUCCUCCCUCCCAAACUUCUUACGCGUUUACGACUCGAAAAGUUGUAAGAUUAGAUGAACGAGGGUUUCCAAUUUCAAGUUCUGAGACAAUCAGCACAGUAAAGCCGCAAAACAAAGUGGGAAUUGUACCUGUGUCUCUGAACUUUCGAUUGGCAAGUCCUACCCCUUCAGAAGACGAUGAUGAGCCUGAGAAUCAAGAUACAACUACUGGUGCCGUAAAUGGCCAAUUGGGAUAUAAGCCGCCUCACCUGCUCCCAAAACUACCAAGCACGAUGCCUCCAGUUAGUACCCCUUUCUACAUGGCUUCAAAUUCUCAUAUUGAUGACACCGGACGUGUGCAUUACGCAUCAGUCCCUACUGUCCCUCUAAUCGAUCAAGACUCAUCUUUGAAUUUUGAGCAGCUAAAGAGUCAACUAGUUUCUGGUCCAGUUACAUCGAUACCAAGGAGUCGUGACCCACGGAAACAGCCAAGAAACGGACACACUGAGGUGGAAAUACCACUGCGACAGUUGACUACCCAAGCAGAGUGCUCAUGGCCGCCUGCAAUGCAAGCUGUGGUCAAUAAACGAGUAGGGGAAAACUUCGCUAGUGAGGCAGAAUCUUCUAAACGAAUGAAGACUUCAGGUUCCAGCAACGAGAUGCAGAACAUGGAUUCAACUGCUGGUACAUUUGCUAUGGGAGGUUGGUUGGAAGAGGGGUUUGUAAUGUCGCCUGGUCACGAGAACCAUGGUGUACAGUCUAUGGAUGUAGACUUGGAUAGUCCGACUCCUUCAGACAGAAAACAGAAUCCGGUCAAUGUGCCCGCAGGAACUAAUUUUAAGAAAAUCGUUUUUCCGAGUGCCAGUGGGUCAACUGAAAUGUUAGGCUCAGGGCCUGUCACGAGUAUACAGAAUAAUCCACCUCCAGACCCUUUCGGCAUUAAUUCAACGAAAUCCGAGGGACAGGCUGGAGAAGAGGAGCAGGAUAUUGGCAAACACCGAAUGAGACCUCGAGAUCCACGUCGUGCCCUGUUGGAUAGUGCUGCUGACAUCGUGCAAGUUAAUCAGAGGAGUCCUCCGAUCAUCGAGGCCGCAGAUUCUGGAACGACUCUCCAAAUUGAAACUGGAACCUCACUACCUACUAAUACUUCAUCUGAUUUGGUCAAGCAGCCAUCAAUCAACUCCUUGGAAAAUCCACUCAAUCUGAGGGAUCCUCGCUUGAGCUCUAACAACAGCACCCAGUCAAACAAUGCUACUUUAGCUCCUGAGCAACCCUCUACUGAACAAAAGAACAUGACAGUUGAAGAGGAACCUGUCGUAGAUGAGAGAAACAAUGCAAGAGAGAGAGAAUCGAGUAGGAAUCAAGGAAUUGACGCUCGUGAAGUGUUCUCUGGGGAGUCUAUUCUGGAUGAGGUAGAUCAUCUACACCCCUGGGACCCUGUGUUGCGUAAACCUCGGUUCGGGCCGAGUCAUUGGGGUGGUAGCAAUUUACAUCGGGACUUUGAACAGUUACUAGAAGAUUUGGAUGAGGAUCAACGUAUCACUAUUCAGAAUGAGAGGAAACGACGAAUCCAAGAACAAGAUCGAAUGUUCAGUGCAGGGAAGCUUUGUCUUGUUCUGGAUCUUGAUCACACUUUACUGAACUCUGCCAAGUUCUCAGAGAUUGAACCUGAGUUUGAAGCACGCCUACGACAAGCUGAAAACAUGGAGCGGAGCAGGUCCACUAAGGACCCGAACAUGAAACAGGAGUUAUACCGAUUUCCGCAUAUGAGCAUGUGGACGAAGUUGCGCCCUGGAAUAUGGAAGUUUCUUGCAAAGGCAAGCGAAUUAUACGAGUUGCACGUGUAUACAAUGGGCAACAAGGCCUACGCAACUGAAAUGGCUAAAUUGUUGGAUCCCACGGGUAUAUUAUUUUCCGGCCGAGUCAUUUCUAAAGGUGAUGAAGUUGAUGGUUCAGAUAAAAGCAAGGAUCUCGAUGGUGUUCUGGGAAUGGAGUCUGCAGUGGUUAUUAUUGAUGACUCAUCUCGAGUGUGGCCGCAUCAUCGAGAGAAUCUCAUUGUUGUUGAGCGGUACAUGUACUUCCCAAGUAGCAGACGACAAUUUGGUCUUCUUGGUCCAUCACUUUUGGAAGUGGGUCAUGACGAAAGAGCAGUAGAUGGCAUGCUGUCAUCAGCUUCGGGGGUGAUAGAUAGGAUUCAUAGGAAUUUUUUCAGUAACAAAAAAUUGCGAGAAGUGGAUGUUCGGGCAAUCCUUGCUGCUGAACAGAGAAGGGUGCUCGAUGGCUGUCGUGUGCUAUUUAGUCGCAUCUUUCCUGUUGGAGAAGCGAAUCCACACCUUCACCCACUUUGGCGACUGGCUGAGCAGUUUGGAGCGAGCUGUUGUCUCUAUAUUAAUGAUAAAGUCACUCAUGUAGUUGCCAUAUCUCUUGGCACUGACAAGGUGAACUGGGCAACGGCAACUGGAAGACCUGUUGUUAGACCUACGUGGCUGGAAGCUUCAGCAAUAUUGUAUCGACGUGCAAAUGAGCAGGAUUUUCCAGUUCCUCCUUAGUUCAUGAAUGAUGUACUCACCUUUGGUACCCCCCACUUGCCCCACUUACCUGGCAAACCAGGUUCCCAUGCCCUUCACUUCGACCCUUUCAUGCAACGCCUCAUACUACCGUACUCCUGUCCAGUUGUAUUCCCUAUAUACUCCAUCCACACAGCCACUUCGACAGUGGGUCGCCCAUGGUAAAGUAUAUCCCAAAUAAUAAACAGGUUUCCUUGUGGUAAGCAACGGAGGUCCCUUAGCUUCUGCGCUGGCCACAAUGUGCAGUCUGAGGAAGAGUAGAGAUAGAACUACUCAGACUAGGUGGCUAGUUACGCGCCUGGAAUCAUAUAUAAGAACGCGCAAUAGCAGAAACUCUCCCGGUUGUACAGAAACCCCCCCAAUUUCAGUCUCCCAGACGUUGAUUCUUUUUACCCAAGAUCUCGGGAAAACUACAUUCUCAUGUCACCAUUUUAGUGAACCUUGUGUUGAGACAGGCAUUACGAGCUUGCGGAGCUGCUCUAAUACCGUCAACCAUUUCUGGACCCGCAAAUAACUCGUUGAUUUGAGAAUCGAACUUCAGGAUGCAGCAUCGUCUUGCGAUAGUAUCUUAGAUUCUAGCGCCAUGUUUCAGAGCUCCAGGUCUCCGCCACAGAUUGCCAACUGUGCAGCAAUGCUAUGCAUCGGCCGGUUCCCAGGUCACUGCCCGUCAAAUGUGCGGCUGACCAGGGGCACCAAAUCAUGUGACUGCGGGCCAGGAACCAGCAUUCCUAGAUAAACGCACAACCGACAAAUAGUGAAGCUAAUGGAUGUGCGGCAAUUGGCAUUCGUUCCAUAACCCAGUGAGCUUUUUGCCCUUCUCCUGAGCAGAAUGAGGUCGGCACAUGGUGAUGAUUCCUGUUGGGUGGAAUGGAACAUGUCUGUUCUGGCACGUAGACAGAGAUUGUUUGUGGUCUGCCCUGGGACCCAACACAUUCCUGAUUGUCCACAAACAAGCUCAUCGAUGCUUGUGAGUUCGUCACCCUGGUCUUCAAUAUUCGAAUCAGAGCCCUUCACGCUGCUGGUGCUCUUCUUAUCAA